AUGAACGGUAGUUACGACGAUAUUUUAGUUAUUGGCAUCGAUUUCGGUACAACUUUUUCUGGUGUAGCCUGGGCUACUGCCGCAGACUUCAACGAUGAUCAGAAUACGAAUAUAAUUACUAGCUGGCCCGGAACUGGCCCUGAAGAGGGUAAAGCACCAACUGAGUUGUUCUACGAAUAUGAUAAGAUGUCGUGGGGCUACCUCGUACCUAAAGAUGGUGACCCAGUCCGAUGGUUCAAGCUCCUGCUUGUAAAGGAGGAGGACCUCGCACCGAGUCUGAGGUCUGCAGAAUUCGUACUCAGAGCCCGCCAAUUUCUGCGCGUCGAGGAGAAAACAGCCGUAGACCUGGUCGCUGAUUACCUUCGUUGUCUCUGGACUCAUACACUCGAAACUAUUGCAAAGUCACGCGGACAGGCUGUCGUUGAUGCACUACGCUUCCAUGUCGUCAUCACAGUCCCUGCUAUAUGGAAGGGAUAUGCUCGACAGGACAUGAAGCAAGCAGCGCGGAAUGCUGGUAUUUUGGAUGACAGGCUUGCUGGAGAAACAUCUCUGAGCUUCGUCCCCGAGCCUGAGGCUGCUGCGCUAUCGACCCUUUUAGAGCCCGGGCGAAAAGUAAGCAAAGACGACGUCUUCAUAGUAUGUGAUGCUGGUGGUGGCACCGUUGACUUGAUCACCUAUAAGAUUAGCAAUACUAAACCAAUCGCAAUGGAGGAGGCCGUAGAAGGUGAAGGUGGUCUUUGCGGUGGCAUCUUCGUUGAUCAAGCUUUUGAAGUCAAGUGUAAGAAAUGCGUGGGUAGAAAGUGGGAUCGCCUCAGCAAGAACGAUAUCAACGAUGUGUUGCGGGAAGACUGGGAGCGGGGUGUGAAGCCCCAAUUCACACCAUCACUCAACCGAGACUAUCCUAUAAGGGUCCCUGCAUGCGCAUUCCCUGACGGGAAGACGAGUGAUACCAAAUGCGAUCCGAUAAUUAAAAAUGCUCGGAUGAUGUUCACAACUGAGCAUAUAGAGAACAUCUUCAGUGGCGUCUUCAAAGAUGUGGACAAUUUGGUAGACAAUCAAAUAAAGAAAGCGAGAAACAAAGGCCUGUCAAUCACUAGCGUCAUCUUGGUAGGGGGCUUCGGUGCCAGUCCUUACCUGUACGAACAUUUGAGGGAUAAAUAUCGAAAGGUCUUGAACAUAGAUGUCUUGCAGUCGGGAGGCAUGAGACCUCGGACUGCAAUCUGUCGAGGCGCUGUACUCAAGGGAUUCCUAGACGGUGCCGCACAAGACCAAUCCGAUAACUCGAUUGUUAAAGCCCUCCCAAUCAAGGUUACCUCCACAGUCUCUCGCGCAAGUUAUGGGACGUCAUUUGCAACUCCAUUUAUCCCCGGAACUCAUCUCGAAGCCGACAAGGUGUGGAAUCAUCUUGAAUGCAAGUAUAUGGCUCGUGGCCAAAUGUCAUGGUAUCUGAGAAGAGGUGAGGAAGUUUCCACCAAAGAUACUGUCUCCGAGUCAUUUUAUCGCAUUUUUGAAAAAGAUUUUGAUGGAUCGCUCACCGUGAAUAUUAAGUAUUGCGAUGAACAAAUUGCUCCAUCGCGUGAGACAAACUCGGUCAAACACAUGUGCUCGAUCAAGGGUGAUGUUGGGAUACCCUUUUCCAAGUUGAAGGACUGGCAAAAUCCUGAAGGCAAGACGUUAAAGAGACUUGAUUUCGUUAUUGAGAUGGUACCUUCUGGAGCAAGUCUGGAGUUCAAUGUUCGUGUCGAAGGGCGGAAGAUGGGGGCAUCAAAGGUAGAGGUGAGUUUCUAG